AUGUGUCAAAAUCAUUUAGAGAGUGAAUAUGGUGCAGAUCUAGCAUCAACUCUAUCUUCACCAUUUUAUUACAAACAGAUUGAAUAUACAGAUAAGAAAGGAAAAAAGAAAACAAAAGUUGAUGAAUCAUCCGCACCAGUUCUCUACGCAAAACUUAUUUACUCAGAAAAAUCAAAGAAAAUUUUAUCUUUGUUUAAGGGAAAGGGAGGUAAAGAUUUAAAUCCUUUUAAAUAUAUCGAACAAUACUGUAAUGUUAAAUUGGCAUUGAUAAUUGAAGGAAUCUUCAUAAGUAAAACUGUGACAUCUUUACAAAUAAAAGUACAUGAGUGCUAUGUUAAACCACUCAAACCUAGAGAGUCUUUACUAGCAAUUGAAGAGGAAGAGGAAAAGGAAGAGAGUGAGAGUGAGAGUGAGGGUGAUUAUACAAAAGAUGGUCUUGAAGCAUUAAUUGUAAAAGUUAAUGAUGAAGAGUAA